CCCAAUUUUUUGGCCUAAAUCUGUUACUCUUCAGACGGUUCUUUCUCCCCCUUCUCUCUCUUAAAACGCAUGCUCACUCUCUACCCUAGCUACUCCCUCUUCAGCGCCACCGCCGACGUCACCCGUUCUCCUCCUUCAGCGCUGCCACAGACGUCGUAUCUCCGAGCAAGCGUUAGCGCCGCUGCCGUCGCUUCAAGUAUUCAAGAUUUGGGGACAGACAUUGAGAAACAUCACGAGGUUUUGGCGGAUGGUUUAGCUACUUUACAUGUUCCUUAUGCUUAUGGCUUCGCAAUUAUUCUCCUCGCUGUACUCGUUAAGGCUGCUACCUUUCCUUUAUCAAAGAAACAGUAUGGGCAGGUAGAAUCUGCAAUGGCAAUGCAAUCCCUACAACCUCAAAUAAAGGCUAUUCAGCAACGGUACGCUGAAGACCAGGAGAGAAUUCAUCUUGAAACUGCUCGAUUGUAUAAACUAGCUGGCAUAAAUCCAUUGGCAGGAUGUCUGCCAACUCUAGCCAUCAUACCCAUCUGGGUUGGACUUUAUAGAAGCUUAUCAAAUGCAGCAGAUGAGAUAUUUCCUGAGUAGGAGUUUGCUUUUUGUGGAAUGCAUGUCUGUGAAGAAUGCGACUAACUUUUGUUUUUGUUACCCACGGAGAAUGAUGAGCAAAACUUUUUAAUUUUGCUUUAUGUUAUUUUGAAUUAUGAACAACAUUAUAUAUUUAAAUAUUAUAUAUGUAUUAUGGAACAUUAUGUAGUGAGUAA